AUGUUUUACAAAUUUAAUAUAAACAAAAAACUGCUGCUCAUAAAACUUAGUUUUUUUUUCUACGAUUGUGGAAUUGCACCGAUAAAUCCAUUUUUACCAACUAUAGCCAAACAGCGAGGAAUUCCUGUACUCGUUAUCGGUAUAAUCUUUACGUGUAUGCCUAUUUUAAAUAUAGUCGCAAGACCAAUAACUGGAUACAUUACCGACCGUUGGCGUUGUCGCAAACAAGUAUUUUUGGGUGCUUCACUGUUGAACGCGUUUUUCACUCCGCUCAUACAUUUCACGCCCGACUUCAACGACAACGGACAUGCCGAAGACUUGGACAUCAUGAGGCAUUGGAAAUUUUGGAUUUUUGUAGGCACCAUUACUGUGAGGAUGUUGCUUUGGAUGGUAGGAGACGUUCUCCAAGAUACGAUCUGUUUGGAAAUCUUGGGUGACGACAAAAAAAGUUACGGAAGACAACGGGUCUGGGGAGCUGUAGGCUGGGGAAGUUCUACACUGUUGAUUGGCGCAUGCGUGGAUUGGUACAGCGUGGACAAAGAGCAAAAAAAUUACUUGCCAGCGUAUUUGAUCGCCAUGGCGUUCCUAAUCUGUCAUUUUAUUGUUGCAUCUCAGCUAGACAACAAGCAAACUUGUACAUCCAAAAACAUGACUAAGGAUGUCAUAAAAAUAUUAUCUGACGUUAAAAUUUGUGCAUACCUUGUGUGGGCAGUGUUUGCUGGCAUUUUCGCCGCGUACAUUUGGUUUUAUUUAUUUCUGUACAUUGAAGACUUAGCAAACAUUUAUCAUCAAGAACGAUUACCGUGGAUUAAGACUAUACAAGGUGCUGCGGUGACAGCAGAAUGCUGUAUUGGGGAAAUUCCUAUUUAUAUUAUGGCAGGAUACAUACUGAAAAAGAUUGGACACAUGACGGCUUUCUCCGUAUCGUUUGCACUAUUCUCAGUGAGAUUUUUCCUCUAUUCGAUCAUCAAAGAUCCUUUGUGGGUAUUGCCAGUAGAGCUAUCCAAUGGUAUAACGUUCACAUUGGCCUUCGUGGCUGGCAUUUCGUACGCGGCUGAAGUAGCACCGAGUGGCAGCGCAGGCACUCUCCAAGGACUGUUCGGCAUGGCCUUUCACGGAAUAGGUUUAUCACUUGGUUCAUUCAUGGCGGGUUACACGUUCAAACAUAUGGGAAGUUCGGCUUCUUUCGAACUAUUGAGUUAUGUGGCAUUUACCACGUUUCUAGUCCAAGUAUCCGUCAGCCAAUUAAUAAUGCGAAUGAGUAAACCCAUAGAAAAUGGCACCUCGGACUAG